GCAGUAGUGCAAAAGGUGCAGUACGAGCGCCGCUGUUUCAGCCCGGCUCCACGAGGAGGAGAUGGCCGCGGCAGACGACAUCGGCGCCAGUGCGGGGAGGUGGUCCCUCCACGGCAGGACGGCGCUCGUCACCGGCGGCACCCGCGGCAUCGGGCGCGCGGUUGUGGAGGAGCUGGCGGCGCUCGGAGCCGCCGUGCACACGUGCUCCCGGAAGGAAGCCGAGCUCGGCGAGCGCUUGAAGGAGUGGGAGGCCAAGGGAUUCCGCGUCACCGGCUCCGUCUGCGACGUCUCCGUGCGCGACCAGCGCGAGCUUCUCCUCCGCGACGUCGCCGACCGCUUCGCCGGCAAGCUGGACAUCCUCAUAAACAACGUGGGCAGAAACCAUACAAAACCAACCACUGAAUACUCGGCAGAUGAAUAUUCGUUCAUAAUGGCCACUAAUCUUGAAUCUGCAUAUCAUCUAUGCCAACUUGCACACCCUCUUCUCAAAGCAUCCGGGGUGGCCAGCAUUGUCUUCAUAUCAUCAGUCUCUGGAGUGGUAGCCAUAUCUAGUGGCUCCAUUUAUGGCAUGACAAAACGUGCGAUGAAUCAGUUGGCCAAGAACCUAGCGUGUGAGUGGGCGAAAGACAACAUAAGAAUCAAUUCUGUUGCUCCAUGGUACAUCAAGACUUCACUUGUGGAAGAGCUCUCGCUCCGUUCACCAUCUCAGUGAUGAUGUCCACUGCUUUGUUCUUCUGCUGCCAGUUCGAUGGGUGCAGGGAGCUACAUCCCUGCCUUUGCGCAGUUCUCUCCCAGAUUGUUGAAGUGAAUGGACAGUGCCAGAACAGAUGUUGCGAGGUCUCGAGAUUUCUGAGACAUAGUUGGCAAAAGUACUCGUUCGGCCAGCCUCGUCUUUGGAGACGGUCAUUGCACCACAUCCUGUUCUUGAGCAGCAGCCAGACUGUGAAUUUUAGCCUUGCUGGUGCCCAGACUUUCCAGAGCAUUGUUCUGAAGCUUGUCCGGAGCAUCCCUUGGAACUGGCAGUUGUAUGCCGAGCUGGUGGAGAAGAAACCUGAGGCCGUGUGUUUCCAUUUGAUUGUGUCUUGCUGUUGAUCACUGAGGCUUAUGUUCUUGGAGAUGAUCCACCUGUUUAGCCUUAUCACCUCGGGCCAUAGCUGCUGUGUUUGGCCAUGGGCUAGGUCUGCAACCUAGGUGCCAUCGUGGAGUGCUUCAUGAACCGUUCUGUUCUUCCUCUUCGAGUGCUUGUACAACUCAGGGAACUCCAUUUUGAGUGUGCCUGCAUCAGUCCAGGAACUGUCCCAGAAACUGGCCUUUUUUCCAUCCGCAAGCGACACUAUGGUUGAGGCGUUGAACAGCUCUCUGUCUCCUUGAUCACAGGGCAGCUGCAUGCCCACCCAGGGCCUGUCUGGUGUGAGCCAGGAGAGCCAGAGCCACCGGAGCCUUAGUGCGUGGCUGAAACGUUGCAGGUUGGAGAUGCCAAGGCCGCCGUUGUCGAUCGGAGUACAAACCUCUGGCCAGCUUACUUUGCAUUUGCCGCCACUGAUCUUCUCGUCUUGAGCCCAGAGGAAACGCCGUCUGAUCUUGUCUAUCUCAGCGAGUAGCUUCUUUGGCACCUUCAGCACUGUGAGUGCAAAGGUGGGGAGUGCUGACAUCACACUUCUGACGAGUACUCUCCGUCCAGCGAUGGUUAGCAGUCGCCCUUUCCAGCCUGCCAGACGAGCUCUGAUCCGGUCGAGGAUGAAUUGUAGGUGUACUAUGCGAAGCCUGGAGAGUGUCACUGGGAGCCCAAGGUAUCGAAAAGGGAACUGAGUUUGUUGUCCACCAAAAUUCUGAAGCACCUGCUGCAGGUUAAUUUGCUCGCAUCUGAUUGCAGCCACCGAAGAUUUCUGCAGGUUUACUUUCAACCCUGACGCAAGUAUGAAAUCGUGGAUGAUGCUCAUCAGUGUAUCUAUCUCCUCUUUCACUGGGUUGGCAAAAAUGAUGGCGUCGUCUGCAUAUAAACUUACACGCAAAGCAAGGUCUCUUCCUGGGAUCGGAUCGAGCUGGCCAAGCUCAGUGGCACGCUGGAGAAGCCUGUGGAGCGGAUCUAUGGCGAUGAUGAAGAGUAGCGGGGACAGUGGGUCACCUUGUCGAAGACCCCGUCGUAGCCAAAUUUUCUUUCCCGCUGCACCAUUUAGCAAAAAUGAAGAGGUCGACGUCUUCAGGAGCAUGGCUAUCCAGUCGCGCCAUCGAGCUGGGAAGCCGAGGGCCUGUAGGAGUUGCAGUAGAUAUUCCCACGAAACAUUGUCGAAGGCCUAUGUGCCCUAUCUCGACGCACCAAGGAAAUAAAAAAUGUAAUGCUUCACCUGUCCCGUUUGAUCCUCCAGGAUUUGGCGAACGAGGAUUUCGUGGAUAGCAUCGCCCGUCGAACUCCCAUGAGGCGUGUGGGAGAACCUGAAGAAGUAUCAUCGCUGGUGGCGUUUCUCUGUAUGCCCGGUUCAUC